CUACGACUCGUAUUACCCUCCAGUCGUAGAUUACCCUUAUUCAUCCUAUAACCCCGAAGCAUCAGAAUCCACCACUCGUCUUACUUCCGCCGCUGCUCCUUUAGGUAUUUCUUACCCACCCAUCGCAGCACAACUGUCAAAUUCUCAACCUGUCAUCCCAAGUUCUUACGCUUCAUCAAACCUUCCAAACCCUUUCAUACGAACAACUUCUCCAUUACCAUAUCAACAAAGUUCUGCAUCUCCCCUCCCUCGUGCUCCAUCACCAUAUCAAAGACCACCAUCACCAUACGGUGCUCAAAGACCAUACGACCCUCGCUUGAACAAUCACUCAGGGUCAAGUACGGAAAGUCAAGCACCACCUUAUCGUCCUUCCAACCCUAACGUGCAAUCACCCCCUUAUCAUCCUUCCAACCCUAACGUACAAUCACCACCUUAUCGUCCUUUUAACAAUGACGUACAACCAUCAUCAUUUAACAUGAAUAAUGAAAUUCAAUCACCACCUUAUCAAGUGGGACCGACAAGAAGACAAAGUGGUGGUUCUGCGAGAUCUGGUUUGGCUUAUGAUGAUCCUCCUGAUGAACAACAAUAUCAAUAUCCAACACGACAAACUUCACAGAGACAAGGGGAAGGAUAUAACGCUGGUCGUUGGUAAGAUGAGAGAAUUUUACUGUUGUAAUCGGUUAAAACAGUCUUUAUCAUGCAUAUAAAUGUGCAAAUUC